AUGGACUACAACGUUCCAGUUGUUAGUAAGGACUUACCGUCUCUUGUGGAUCAACUGGAAAACAUAGCUGCUCAAGUGACGGAUCUUACUACCGCAGGGAGACUAGAAACUUUAGCAACACGCACACAGAGGCUUUAUCUCACGAACAUCAAACCACUAGAACAGUUACGAGCUGAUGUGGUCUUCAAAUUGACAGAAUUAGAACUACAACUGUUACCUUUUAGGAGAAAAUUAAACAUUUCGCUAAGCCACAUCCAUACUGCGCAGUUUUAUAUCGAUAACCAGGGUGAUGUUAUUGCUCAGAAAAAAGUAUCGAUAUACAUAUCCCGUCUGGUGUCUCAUGCAGCUGGCUGGAGGACACACGUACUCAUUUCAACCAGCAAACACGCCGCUCGAUGUAAACCUUUGUACUCUGUGUAUGCAGCAGCGAGAUCUCUGCUGUGCUCCCAAUACGUCUCGUCUUUGCACGGUUGGUGGGUCUGCGGAUUUUUCCUCGGCAUUGCAUGGUGUGCCGCACUAACACCACUUUGUGUGAAACUUUGGCGGUCGUAUGGAAGGAAAAUUAGGGCACACGAAGCUAUGAUGCUUGCUAACUUGGGCUCCGGGCAACAAGAAACGCCAACCACUGCUUUAUGUGACGGUAGUAACUGGAACACGCCCGGGCCACCAGCCCCACCACCAAGAAGUGACAGCUGGUGAUCAGAAGAUUGGAUCAAAGGGA